UUACGUCACUUAUGUCAUAUGUCGAAUGUUGAUAACCUCUGAAAUGUUUUCAUAUUAUCAUUUUAUCAUAAUUAUUUUAAGUGUUGAUAAUUAGGGUGGUUUUUAGAAUACAAUUAUAAAUUAAAUAAAAUGUUGAUAUAAGGUGUGUACCAACAAAAUGUUCUAUAAAAAAGUGAUGCACUGCACGAUUUGCCUGAGACAUGGUGUUGUCGGCAUUUCUGGGAACGGCAUUCUAAUUCAACAACUGGCAAGGAUAUCGACGUCACAGUGCUGGACCAGCAAACUACCCAUUACGACACAGACCACGGCUACGGUGAAAACUAAAAAUGUACAACAAGACAAUAGGAUGUGGAAGGAAACGCCAUCACACGACAGAAAGAACAAUAUGGGACAGUAUUGUAUGAUGCUAUCGAAGUUUCGGUUAAGUUCAUUAGUAGUAAUGUCCUCGAUGGCGGGGUACGCGCUCGCCCCCGCGCCCUUCGACCUGACGACGUUCGCGCUUUGUGCGAUCGGAACGGGGCUCACCUCGGCCGCCGCUAACUCCAUCAACCAGUUCCACGAAGUACCUUUCGAUGCUCAAAUGUCAAGGACCAAGAAUAGAGUACUCGUUAAAGGAUUAUUAGAGCCAGUCCACGCAGUUGGUUUCGCGGCACUGGCGGGAUCUACCGGUUUGGGCCUACUAUAUUUUGGCGUCAAUCCAUUGACAGCGGCCCUAGGUGCUACUAAUCUUAUGCUAUACACUUCCGUCUACACACCCAUGAAAAGGAUGUCAAUAUACAAUACUUGGCUUGGGUCUGUGGUCGGUGCUAUCCCUCCCCUGAUGGGCUGGGCGGGCUGUACGGGCGCGCUAGACCCCGGCGCGAUCAUCCUCAGCGUGAUCCUGUACUCGUGGCAGUUCCCGCACUUCAACGCGCUGUCCUGGAACCUGAGGCCCGACUACUCCAGGGCCGGUUACAGAAUGAUGGCGAUCACUGAUCCUGCGUUGUGCAGGAGGGUUGCCCUCAGGCACACAGGAGUGAUCGUCGGUACUUGUCUCGCCUCCUCUUACCUCGAAGUAACCAACAUGUGGUUCGCAUUAGAAUCAUUACCAUUAAAUAUUUAUUUUAUGUACUUAGCAUGGCAAUUUUACCAGAAAUCAGAUAGUAACAGUUCGAGGAAACUCUUCAGGUUCUCACUAAUACACUUGCCAGCUCUCAUGAUAUUGAUGUUAGUGAAUAAGAAGAAUUGGUAUAAGAGUGGGAACCAAGAGCAGGAUACACAGAAGGUGCAGGACGUGAAGAUACCCGACUCCAGGAUAUCAGUGCUACCUCGCAGGCCGGUCGUCGCGGCGCAGGAGUCCGACACCGAACCUUAAGGUGGAAACACUGAUCGAUGACGAUCGAUGUGCGCAUAGUAUAAUUUAUUUAAUUUGUCUAACGCGGCCACUCGCGUAUUGUUACCUAUUAAUAGUUAAGCCAAUAUUUAUUAACCUCAAUCAGCCGGGAAUCCAAAACCAAUCGGCAAGAGUCGUACGAUUCGCACGUUUGUUUGUUAGUUGCGUCGUACUGAUCGGAAUAGCCGAUGUGGAGAGAUAUGAAAGGCUAUAUCAAACUUAUGUCCAAUAAGUUUCAUAUAACAAGUAUAACAACCUGCAUGUACAAUAGUAUUUCGCGACCUACGUUUGUUGCCGAUCAAUGUUCCACCUUAGUCGUAUCAGUCUACAAGGAUGUAGAUUUAGUACUUUAUGUAAAUAAUGUACAUUAUAAUUAUGUGAUUUACUUAGGAAGUUUGUAAGUUAGCUUAACAAUCUAACCACAGGAGAUUUUGUUGUUAGUAACCAUGGUUGUUGCCAACCUGUUCAGUGUGCUUAUUAUUUAAAUUAAACUCUAAAAUAGUCUCGAAAUUACUACAAUAGUAAUUUAUGUAUAUUAUGCUAUUUUGUUCUGUGGUUAUAAACAGUACUGUACAUUGUAAUUUGAAUAGAAUCAUGAUUAAAUUAGUCAAUUGACUAUGGGAAUAAAUGAAAUCAGCAAAUAAUAAA